UCAAAUCACAACUUGAUUGUUUGGUUACGAACAGUUUGAAAUCGAAUGAUGCGUUACGCGAAAUGUCUCGGCUCUCUGAACGUUUCCGCCUUAGCCUAUUAUUACGGUUAUUGUUGCAUAUUCAGGAACGUGAUCGCCGCUGAUGACGAUCCCAACCGCAACUUUGGACGCAUGUACAAAUGGAGAAAUCUGCAAGAAGGCUUCCAAGAGGCGAAAAUCUGCAGAAAACCGAUAUUUUUGCUAAUCCACAAGCCGGGCUGUCCAACUUGCGAGAAAUUGAAGCCUAAAUUCGCCAACUCGAUCAGAAUUCUCGACCUCAGCCAACGCUUCGUUAUGGUGGGCGUGAGGAAAGGUGAGAUUUCCGCGCAAGACGAAGCAAGAUUUCAACCAGAUGGAACUUACGUUCCAAGGAUCCUCUUCUUCACUCCGGACGGCGAAUUUAUGAGAGAUAUUUAUAAUCGUCAUCCGAAAGCCGAUGAUAAAUAUAAAUACUUCUACAGCAGUACGAGUCAAAUAAUAGAUAGCAUGAUUUUGGCAUUGGAACGUUGUUCCGUGAAGAAUCGUUAAAAUAUAUGGUAGGUGUCUUGACGACAAAACGGAAAAGAACAUAUUUAAUAUAUAUUUGUCAGACGUCGCAGUCUCACUGCCACUCGCUGUCCCUGCACUCGUUACAGCGACAAUCGGUAGCUGAAAUAAAUUUAUCUUCUUGUUACAAAAAAUAUAGUAGUUUCUUCAAUUAUAGUCGUAGAUGAU